AUCAUUAUGUGCCAUGACGGCGAUAAUGAAUAAAAUAGUUUAGCUUAGGUUUAAAACGAUGACAAUAAAAUAAUCGACAAUAAUUCUACAAUAAUUAAAGUGUUAGUAUAAAAAUGGCGAAUCCGGCUCAUCUGAUGAGGCGGCAGAGCUCGCGAGACCUGUACGCGCAGAGGUCCAUAGACCGCAUGGAGAUGAAGGAGCUCCGCGGGCGGCUGGUGACCAUGGAGAACGGGCUGACCGCUCACAACAGGCCCAUCAUGUACGGGGCGACGAACGAGGCGUUCGAGGACACGAGUCCUAACAGACGGUCGUCCGAGACUCCUACGAGUAAAGCUAGUUCGGUCGAGCGCGGCGUGAAGCCCGAAGGCGGCGAGGGCGAGAGAGAGUCCUGGGAUAGCAAGCUGACGUUUCUGCUAGCGACAGUCGGAUACGCUGUGGGCUUAGGGAACGUGUGGCGCUUCCCUUACCUAGCUCAGAAGAACGGAGGUGGGGCGUUCUUGAUUCCUUACUUCGUGAUGCUUGCGAUCGAGGGCAUACCAAUCUUCUACUUGGAGCUGGCUAUAGGACAGCGGCUGAGGAAGGGCGCGAUCGGCGUGUGGCACCAGGUGUCGCCGUACCUGGGCGGGAUCGGGAUCAGCUCGGCGGUGGUGUCCUUCAACGUGGCGCUGUACUACAACUCGAUCAUCGCGUGGUGCCUGUUCUACUUCGCGCAGAGCUUCCAGGCGGAGCUGCCGUGGUCGGAGUGCCCCAAGAAGUUCCUGCCCAACGGCUCCUACAUCACGGAGCCCGAGUGUGCUGUCAGCAGUCCAACCCAGUACUUCUGGUACAGAACCACCCUCCAGAUAUCCGAGGACAUCAACCACCCCCAGACCUUCAACUACAAGAUUGCUCUGGCCCUCGUCAUAGCCUGGAUCCUCGUCUACAUGUGCAUGAUCAAGGGCAUAGCCUCCUCAGGGAAAGUGGUCUAUGUAACCGCCACUUUUCCUUACAUCGUCCUAGUUAUAUUCUUCUUUAGAGGCAUCACUUUGAAAGGCAUGAGCGAUGGAUUAAUACAUUUGUUUACUCCGAAAUGGCACACGAUAUUAGACCCAGUAGUUUGGCUGGAAGCAGGCACGCAAAUCUUUUUUUCUCUCGGAUUAGCAUUCGGAGGUCUAAUAGCAUUCUCCUCGUACAACCCAGUGGACAACAACUGCUACAGAGAUGCAAUAAUGGUGUCCAUGACGAACUGCCUAACGUCCAUGUUCGCCGGGAUCGUGGUGUUCUCGAUAAUCGGGUUCAAGGCCACGAUGGUGUACGAGAAGUGCCUGGACGUGAGGAACGAGACCCUGCUGGAGCUGUUCGGCUCCGGGUACAGGAGCAUGAGCUUCCCGGAGGCUGGGCAGAUGGUCACCGUGGACUUGAAUGGGAAUCUGACGAAACUGGUGAUGCCGCAUCUGCCCGAGUGCGAUCUGCAGAAGGAACUGGAUAACACGGCCUCCGGCACCGGUCUAGCUUUCAUCAUCUUCACCGAGGCCAUCAACCAGUUCCCCGGCGCGCAGUUCUGGUCCGUCCUCUUCUUCCUGAUGCUCUUCACGCUCGGCAUCGACUCACAGUUUGGAACACUAGAGGGCGUUGUCACCUCCAUCGUUGAUAUGAAACUCUUCCCGAACCUAAGAAAGGAGUACCUUACUGGAGGGAUAUGUCUCAUAUGCUGUUUAUUAUCUAUGGCAUUUGCACACGGCGCUGGGAGCUACAUAUUCUUGCUAUUUGAUAUGUACAGCGGGAAUUUCCCACUGCUGAUUAUUGCGUUUUGCGAGUGCAUUGGGAUUUCGUACGUGUAUGGGGUUAAGAGGUUCGCGGACGAUAUCGAGCUGAUGACUGGCACGCGACCAGGCAUCUACUGGCUCAUCUGCUGGAAGUACCUCUCGCCUCUAGCCAUGCUUGCUAUCCUUGUCUCCUCGUUUGUGGAAAUGGCCACUGAGGGAUCUGGGUAUGAUGCUUGGAUCCCCGAGCUGGGCGGCACGGUCCGCAAGCCCUGGCCGCUCUGGUCUGUGCUGGUGGUGCUGCUGCUUGUCCUGGCUUCAGUGCUGUGGAUCCCCGGCCUGGCCAUAUGCAGAUACUUCAACAUCCCCAUAAUCGAAGAUGAGGAACGCGCCUGGUUCCCAGCCGAAGACCUCCGCGACUUCCACGGCAUCGAGCCCCGCCCGGUCUCCGCCGCAGAGACCCUGCUGUUCUGCACUAGGCCUGACGGUGGUGAAGGUUGCUGCUGGCCUGGCUGCUGCGAAACUGAUGAUGAUGAGUAGACUUUAGAACGUUCUUAUCCUUUAAGAACGUUACGACAGGUAGUUACAUGAUAAAGUAGCCAUUGCUUUUUAGCUGACUGCUAGACUCACAAGUAGACUCUUUGAACAAUAAGCAAUCGAAACAGUUCGGUCAAAAUAGAGUUGGAGCAUUUUGCAACCCGAAGGGCAUACUUGAAAACUCGUUCUGGGUUCUGAAGUUGCUAAUCUAAUUGGUUGAUUACCUGUGCAUUUAAUGAUGACCUAGGCCUCAGCUAGUGUCAAAGUGUAGGCACUGAUGUAAAUAUGAUUAGCGCACAAAAUUCAGUGUAGGUGAUGAUCUCAAUAUGUUCUAAUUCGCUAAUAAGUGUAGUUAAGGUGUUCUUAUUUACCAAACAGCAGUUUCAUUUCCGAGUCAAUCGCACUCGAAUCAUAAUAUGUUAAUUUUAAGGAUUUGUAGAGCAAUAUACUACCAACGCAAAGUACUAUUUUGAAUAGUUUACUUUAUUUUCUGCUUGUAAAGAGAUUCUUCCAUUUUUAAUGUCUUAGGUUAAAAAUCUUUCAGCGCGUAAAGACAAUAAUACAAUAAAUAAAAAUGUAUAUAUUGUCUAUACAUAUCUACUCAAUAAAAGUAAUGAUUAUCCAAAAAAGACAAUAACGAACAAUAUCAUGUGUUUUCAUAUCAAGUCUUUACAACAAUAAGCCAUGUUUUAGGCAUUUAGGCUGCAUAGACAGCGUGUAUAUUGUGACUUUGAAGUUAUUUACAUUAUUUAUUAGUAAUAUAAACAUGAUAAAUACCAAGUGGCUAUUUAUACAUUUUAAACUGUUACUAUUUUAUAAUUUAAAUUUACAUUUGAAUUAUAUCACGUUUAUA